CUUGUUUAGAUUUCUUAUUUCUUUAAAAAAAAUUAUUGCAAUUUUCAUAAUACCUACAGUCGAUUUAACAUUACAAUUAUGCUCGAUUUAAUUUGUUGUUUUAAUUUUAACACUCAAUCAUGGUCAAUUUCAAUGAAAUAAGAAGAUAAUUUCAGUUGACAUGGAAAAGGAAAUUCCAAAAAAGAAGCACGUCCCAAGGAUCACGCAGCUUGACGCUGCGUCCCUGGACAAGGAAAUUGGCUCCGUGCUAAAAUCUCAGGUCGAAGAAAUUUUUCGAUCAGCGGCGCCAUCACUCAUUAACAAAUUUGAGCCUGAAAUCGAUGCUCUACUGAGUUUGCUUGUAUGGAAACUCUCCGUGUAUGACCGAGGUGCAACUUUUGGCCAAACACUGCUGGACUUAAAAUACUACAACAGCAGCCGCAGAAAGAAGGUGCUUCUGGCCCUCACGAUUAUAGGAGGAAAAUACUUUGUUUCCAGAAUUCGAUCACUUUCACGCACUUUGACUGACGAAAGAAACUUGCUCUUGGUUGAGCAGUUCUUCCGAUUUGGUGACACUUUCUUUCGGCUGGCAAACUUGGUUAACCAAGUCGUUUUCUUGACGCAGGGAAAAUACCCUGGCCUUCCCGAAAGAAUACUGAACAUGCCACCAACCCCAGCUUCUGACCAGCUCAACCGCCAUGUGGGAUAUUCGUACAUGACCAGAGAACUUUUGUGGCACAGCCUUAUUGAGCUUCUGCUUUUUGUUCUCCCCUUAAUCAACUAUAGAGCUUGGUAUGCAAAAUUUGCAUUGUUCUUUAGGCCAAAAGCAGAAAUCAAGGACUCCGUGUCACCUGUAUUAACAUUAACGACGACCUGUGCCAUUUGCAAUGAGAAGCCAGUCCUUCCUCACCAUAUCGGCUGUGGACACAUUUUCUGCAGCUAUUGUUUAAAAGGAAAUUUGGCUGCCAGUAAAUCAUUCGGUUGUCCAUUGUGUGGAGCGCUUGCGGAAGACAGUGAUAUGCCAGUUAUUAUAUGAUUAUUUUUUGUUAUAUUUUGAACUUAAUUAAAAAGAAAAGUUGUUGAAUAUUUUGUUUUAAACCACA